AUAUGGCGGGUUAAGAAUAAACAAUAAAGUAUAAAGGAUGCUGUGUUUUUUUGGCUUCAGAAUAACCAUUUAAUGUUUAUAAACAAAACUUUCGAUAUCCCUGCCUUCAUUUGUGCUUAUAAUAUUACUACAGUGAUAAUAAGUUGACUGAAAACCAAUCAUGGAAAACUCUGAACCUAUGAUUUCUGACGAAAAUACCAACCAGUCACAGGACAGUGAAAUGAAUGAGACCGAUUCUGAAGCCACUUGUUAUUGUGAUAAACCUAGAAUCGUUGGAUCUGCGGAAAUACAAUGUACACUGUGCUUAAGAUGGUUCCAUGUUAACUGUGUGGAUGGUGUAAAUGGUGUUUGUCUCCCAUUUAUAACUAAUUACCAAUUUUGUUGUAAAACCUGUAGUCCUACAGCAAUUGAUAAAUUCCAAAGAAAACAGGCAAGCUUUAGUCAAAUUUGUUUGACAGCAUUGGCAAAUCUUACACAUGAUGCUUUGUCAAGAGGAGAAACUAAGACUGUUUUCUCAAAAGAUAAAGAUAUAAUUCCUUUUAUUGAUAAAAAUUGGGAAGGCAUUACAAUUUUAUCAAGAAGAACAAAAUCCACAUGGCAUAACACUGUAUUGAAGACACUGCACAAAGAAAAUGAUUUAUUUCUGUCGGAUGAAAGUGGAGAAAAUUUUAGCUUACUCAAUCCAGAUUUGUCUAAGAUAGCGCCAAAUUAUGAAAAUUUGAGAAAUGCUUCCUCGGGUCUGGGAUUAUCAGACACUACGAAAUCUAGAAGUGCAAAGAGAAAGGCUCCGUUUGACAAUAUACCAUUUUCAGGAAUGAAACAAAAGAAAAAUGAAAUAGGACCCUCAAAUAAAUUAAUGGCUCAUGGAUAUCCACUUGAACAUCCAUUCAACAAAGAUGGUUAUCGUUAUAUUUUAGCAGAGUCAGAUCCACAUGCUCCUAACCGCCAGGCUUUUGAUGACAGCCAAGAAUGGGCAGGUAAACCAAUUCCAGGGUAUCUGUAUCGUACCUGCUUGGCUAAUCAUGUUCUACUAGCUCUUCAUGACAGAGCACCUCAACUCAAAGUUUCAGAUGACAGACUCAGUGUAACAGGUGAUAAAGGCUACUCUAUGUUGCGUGCAAGUCACGGAGUGAGAUAUGGUGGCUGGUAUUUUGAGGCUACUAUUGAAGAGAUGCCCCCAGAUGGUGCUACAAGAAUUGGUUGGUCUCAAUCUUUAGGAAACCUUCAAGCGCCUUGUGGAUAUGACAAGUUCAGUUACUCCUGGCGUUCGAGAAAAGGAACUGUUUUCCAUCAAAGUCGAGGAAAACAUUACAGGGACGGCUUUGAAGAGGGAGACGUAGUUGGGUUUUACAUUUACUUACCUACUCCUAAAAAGCCAAGUAAACUAUUACCCACAACCUACAAAGAUAGACCGCUAGUGAAGUUUAAAAGUCAUCUAUAUUAUGAGGAUAAAGACAAUGUUUCAGAAUCAGAAAAAAGUUUAAAACCAUGUACAGGAAGUAAAAUAAUGUUUUUUAAGAAUGGUAAAAACCAAGGUGUAGCAUUUGAAGACAUAUAUGAGGGAAUAUAUUACCCAGCAUUUUCCCUUUAUAAAACUACUACCGUUACUGUGAAUUGUGGACCAGAUUUUAAAUUUCCACCAAAAGGACUUGAAUCAUUUAGACCCAUGUCAGAUGCAGCCAUUCAGUCCAUUGUAGAUGGAUGCCUAGCGGAUAUUGUUUAUCAUGUAGAAAAUGAGGGAAAAUUGCCAGAAUUUUAAACCUGCAUUACCGGUCCUAGAAUGCCAGUGCUAAUUGUGUAUUUUGUAAAUUUUACAUCCAUAAUAGUUUCCAAUUCAAUCAAAUAAAAGAAUUUGCUAUUAUUACAUUAUCAACUGAAAAACAUUUUGCAUUCUGCAUGUAGAAUUCUUAUAAUGCAAAACAAGAAGUUAUUUAUAUAGGCAAUACAAUUGUGUAAAAUAACCAGCUCAAAACAAAGUAUAAAUUAGAUAGCAAUGAAAGAUAUAAUUAUCUUACAGUUAUCUGCUACAUCUAUUGGCGACAAUCUCCAUUUUAUCCUCCAUGCUUAAUUUGGUCAUAUGUUGUUGUCACCAUGUCUGUCUGUAUACCAUGGAACCAUUUUGAAAUUGUCAGAUGAAAUGGGGUUUAGCGUUAUACUUUUCUGUUAAGACUCCUGUUGGGCUAUUGAAACAGGAAAUUUUCAAAGGAUGUUUUUUUUUCAGCUUAUUGAAAUAAACAAGUACUCUUGUCUGAAUUACAAAUCCCUUGAUCAGUAGAUGUCACAAUUAUCAUCAGAUCAUUUUAACAUUUCAAUAAAUUUUUCAGCCAGUUAAAAGGAGGAUUCCUUUUGAUCAUGAACCUUUAUAUCAAAAUCGAGGUACGUCCGUGUACACAUGGGGGGGGGGGGAUGGCCGAAUGGUUAGCAUGUGCGUGCUGUAUCAUAAGGUCUGUCAUUUAGUCAACUGGCGUGGUUUCGAAUCCCCAGUUGUACGUGAUAAGGAGUAGGGUCAUCUGUCCAAACUCGUGGGUUUUCUCUGGGUCCUCCGGUUUCCUCUCACUGCUAAAGACCCCUACGUGCAAGCGAAUUAAAGAAAUAAAAUUGAACCAUGUGUUAGUCCCGAAAUAACCUAGUUUUUUGUCGAGUGGAGGUUAAACCCCAUUUCUCUCUCUCUCUCUCUCUUGUACACAUUGGAGUGUACAUGAAGAACCCAUUGAAAUUUGAUAAAAUUGUCCUCCCUAGCAUUCCACAUGUGACAAGACCAAAAAAUAUCUUUGUUAUUCUCUAAAUGACCAAAGUAUUAUGUUGACAAGGCGUUAAACCCCAUUCCUAUCCCAUCCCCAUUAAUUGCAUGACACAUUUCUUAUAAUCAUUUAUAUUUACAGUAUGUACAGUACACAUGUACUUAGAUAUCUGAAUUAUAAGCUUAUGUAGUUUUAUGGGCUGUUUAUUUACAUCUAGUACAUGCCACUGAUCUUAAGACAUGCCAUAAAUCUAUUAUUUAA